AGGUCAGUCGGGACGCUGAGGUGGCCAGCAUCUGGCUCUUCGGUGCUCGGGGGCUUCGCUCAUUCCUUGCCACAUCUUUCCCUGGAAGGGGAGGGGGCUUCGACCCGGAGCAGGAGCCACCGCGGCCAUAGUCCCGGGCUUGAAGCCGCUAAGACUUCUCUCAAACUUGUGUGCUGAGGAGACUCAGAUGUUGGCCUCAGCUCUCAGGCUCAACUCAGCAGAUCAGCCCAUGAAAACUUCUGUAUCGAGACAAAGGAAAGGAUCUGUCAGGAAGCAACAUCUGUUAUCCCAGGCGUGGCAGUAAGGAAGAGGACAGGUAACGGAAAUCCUGCAAUCUGAAAAGCAGACUGAAAGGUGACAAAGAAGCUGAAGAUGGGUGGUGGAGAGAGGUAUAACAUUCCAGCCCCUCAAUCUAGAAGCGUUAGUAAGAACCAACCGCAGCUCGGUAGACAGGAGACCAAGGAUCAGAAUUCCCAGAUGAAGACUGUUCAUAAGAAAAAGGAAAGAGGAGAUACUUAUAAUUCAUCAGCAGCUGCAUGGCAUGCCAUGCAGAAUGGGGGGAAGAACAAAAGUUUUCUAAAUAAUCAAAACUGGAACUCUAGCUUCUCAAGUCCCACCUUACUUUUUAAGUCUCAAACGGAUCAGAACUAUGCUGGAGCCAAGUUUAGUGAGCCGCCAUCACCAAGUGUUCUUCCUAAACCACCAAGCCACUGGGUUCCUGCUUCCUUUAAUCCUUCUGAUAAAGAAAUAAUGGCAUUUCAACUUAAAACCUUACUUAAAGUACAGGUGUAAAAUGAGAUAAACUACUAAUGUUUAAAUUUAGUCAUAGUUAAGGAUAAUUGGCAAUUGUUUCAGACCAAAUUGACUAGGGAAUUAAUCUGUAAAACUGCUAAUUAACCUAGAAAAUAUAAUUAGACUUCAUGUUGUUUUAUGUUAUGUGCACUGUGAUGGUAGAAUCAGCGCAAGUUAACUAAAUUAUUGAUAAUUGUACUUGAUAUUGAUACAAAGUGUUCUCAAUUGAGUAACCAUUCAAGUGAAACCUUUCAAGUUUAGAUUUGGGGAAUGGUAAAGGAAUCAACUUUUUCUGUUGCCUGUUAGGGGAAAAUAAGAACUUAAGAUUGUCAUUCAUGGAUCAGCAGGUUGACUUGUUGAGAUCUGGUAAAUGUUAUUAUAAGCAUCCAGCUAAGACAUACAGGGUUGAAAACUGGUUGAAUAUUUGAAAGUGUAGUGUCCUAGUAAAGUAAUAUGCCAACAACCUGAUGCACUGCCAAAAGGAAAUGUGAAUUUUUAGAGAAUAGUUGUCUUUUAGUGAACUGUAUGGUGGUGAACAUGGAAAGGGCACUACGGGCUAUUUAGAAUGAAACCGUAUACCCCAUUGGCCCUGUUACGUGCAGUGGAUAGGUGUCUACCAACAAGUGCACCAAAACCAUUUUUUAUAGAAACAGUAUUUGGUGUUCACCAAGUAGCUUUCAAAAUACAUUCUUGUAUUAUGGCACUGCAUAAGCUAUUCUGACCGUGAUCUGGCUUCAAAUCAUCCCUGCAAAGCUCGUUUAAAGUGGGGAGCUGUAUAAUGUGAAAGUUCUAUGUACCUAGGAAAGAGCCAUGGAAAUAUAUGUAAUAAACUUGUAGCAUAUGUAAAGUUUUGUUGGCAUUUAUCCUACAAAAAUAGAGUAUUUUAGUAUGAAUUUGCUGAAUGUAAGACAUGGACUCUUUUUUUUAUACUAUGGCCUGAUUUUAAAGGUCCAAGAAAACCUUGUUUUUAAAGUUUGCCCUUGUGCUAAAGUGCCAGUGUUUGUAUGUUAGAAUUGAUCUUGCUGUAAACUGUAUUUCAAAGUAAAUCCUAGUGUAAGAAGUUUUAUAUAACUGAAAAGGUUUUAAGCUGCUAAAACACUUUCCUAUUUUUGAGAGAUGUGAAAUGCAGUAUGGGAUUAUUUUUUCUUUCUUAAAUGCAAAAAUUAACUAUUAAGGGGUCCCUCCAACCUUAGUUUCAUUUUGGCUUUCAAGAAUUCAUGUAACCUAAGAGUACAGUGUACGAUGGCAGUGUAUUUUAUUUUUUUUGUCAACAGGUGCAACCCAAGGAACCACUUAUUGCAAAAGAUGUAAUUUCUUGCAUAAUACAACGAUAACAUGUUUUGCUUACCUUAAAGAUAAGUGCUAAUUAUAGCAGCCAACCCAGUAGUAAAUUAAAAGAAAAUGUGUGUAGGGGGGAGGUCUAUUUAAAAUUUGAUUGUAGGUGCCCUAUUUUCUAAUUUGGCAGCUUUUUUGAUACCUUUAAGCAGAAUGGCUAAGUUGUAUUUCUCCAAAUAAAUGCAGAUGAGAUAAUAUUGCCCAAGUCAAAUAAUGAUAUCCUAAAGACAAGUUUACAAAGUACUUAAUGUACAUAUAUGAAUUUGAAGCAUGAAAUUAAAAAAUAAAAUUGUUUCCCCC